GGCACUUUCUGGGCGCUGCGAACGCUCUGAUCUUGGGCUCGAAGGCCGGAAACGUCGGCGACGGAGCCGUAGCGCUGCCGCGGCUCUUCGUUGUUCUCCGCUGAGGCCGCGCCGCGGCGCAGACAUGGCCAAGUGGGGCCAGGGAGACCCGCGCUGGAUCGUGGAGGAGCGGGAGGACGGGACCAACGUGAACAACUGGCACUGGACAGAGCGGGAUGCCACCAGCUGGUCCAAGGGGAAGCUCCGUGAGCUCCUGGUGGGCAUUGCUGUGGAGAAUGAGGCUGGCCGUUGCGAGAUCAGUGAGCUGAAGCAGGUGGAAGGCGAGGCUUCCUGCAGCAGCCGCAAAGGAAAGCUGAUUUUCUUCUAUGAGUGGAACAUCAAACUGGGCUGGAAAGGUAUAAUUAAAGAAUCUGGUGCGAAGCACAAGGGGUUGAUUGAAAUACCCAACCUGUCUGAAGAAAAUGAAGUAGAUGACACUGAGGUGAACGUGAGUAAAAAGAAAGGAGAUGGGAAUAUACUGAAGGAUCUUAUGAAAACUGCAGGCACCGCCAAGGUCAGGGAAGCCCUUGGAGAUUACCUGAAGGCACUUAAGACGGAAUUUACAAUGGGAAUGAUUUUACCAACCAAAGCUAUGGCAACCCAGGAAUUGACUGUUAAAAGGAAACUGAGUGAGACUACCUUGCAGAUUCAGGCCUCCUCUCCAGUGGAGCUGGGCGUAAGGAUUCCUACUGUGGCACUGCACAUGACGGAACUGUUUGACACAGCUAUUGAGCAGCUGUACAGAAUCUUCACUGUGAAAGAUUUGGUGCAAAAAUUUUCCAAAUCUCCUGCUGUAUUAGAAGCUGAAAAGGGAAGGAAAUUCCAAAUGUUUGAUGGGAACAUCACUGGUGAAUAUGUAGAAUUGUUAACAAAUAAAAAGAUCGUCAUGAAAUGGAGAUGUAGGAACUGGCCAGAAGAACACUAUGCAAUAGUUGCACUGAAUUUUGUGCCUACUCUAGGGCAGACGGAAUUACAAUUGGACUGUAAAGGAGUUCCUGUCUGUGAAGAAGAGAACAUGAAAUUCUGUUGGCAGAAGCAGCAUUUUGAAGAAAUACAAGGUUUACUGCAGCUGAUCACUCUAAAUGGUUGAGUUAGAAGAUUUUAUAAGGGCAUUACAUUUUGUAAGCAGAAAAAGUGUAACGUUUACCUCUUCCCUCUGUCAUUCCUUUAAAAAAAGAAAACAAAUACUCUUAAUUUAUAUUGAAUGAAAUCCAUGAACUUACAUUUGAAAGCAUUGUUUGAAUCUUUAUAUGACUAGACUCUGCACUGAGUUAAAAGCAAGCAAUGUGAAAUUAGGUAUUUUACCUCCCAUAGAUGCUCCUCUGGGAAUAGAUUGAGUCCCUGAGUACAGAUAGUUGAAGUGUCCCAAGCUAAAGCUCGUCCUAGCAAGCUUGCUGUUUUAGCUGUAAUUUUAGUUCAGGAAGACAAAAAAUAAAUGGCAUGUUAAUACUAUUCCUUUAUUUUACUUAAGGGUUUUUAAGGUGUGUAGCUCUUCUUAGGUAGUGAAACAGUGGCAUGUUGCAUUUAGAAGCAUGCUGAAGUGAGGGCAAGUUGGCUGUAUUGUUAUGCUUCUCCCUGCAGCAGUUACGCACUUCAGGGUGGUGAGGAUUGAAAAGUCUAUGGAAAAAGGUACUUUUUGGACUGCCACUAUGCUUCUAAUGAAAUAGAAUAUAAUGGAUAAGUAAGUAUGUUCCCCCAUUCAGUUUUCUCAUUACUUUCAUCUGAGAAGACUUGAAGCAAGGUAUGUAAACAAAUAAAAAGUCAUCACAAUCAGUUUAAUUAAGUGCACAGAAUAGCAAUCAGUCAUGUCAAUAAAAAUAAAACAAUUAUUUUUACAUCAAGUGUGCUUUAUUUCCUCCACAGGUAUUCUGUUAAAUAAAGCACCAUUUAUAUACUGCCAGGCCACAGCUAAAGAGGAUUCUUUACAGAAUCAAAUUUCUUGUGGUUGUUCCGUAUACAAGUAAACUUAAUUUUGAUAAUAAGAACCACAGCGAUCGGAGGCAAUCUGCCUCUCUUAUAAGGUACAAAACUGGCACAGAGGACACCAUAUUAUACACAGUAAAAAUGCUGUUAAGUUUAAAUUACAUUGUACAGGGCCAGGGAACCCUGUUCCUCCCAGACAGCCAUAUUAAAUGAAAGCCACUACAGUGAACUCUUAAUUACAUAAAACAUAUUCAUUAUCUGAUUGCCCUUUAGAAAGUAUACUGAAGAUGCAAAUUGUUUCAUCUGAAGUUCUGCCUGACCAAGAAUUAAGCCUAUAAAUCUAUCUUGCCAUUCAAGCAGAGAGCACUGGACGAACUGAAGCACGAAAACAGAAAUAAGCAAAACUUAUACAAACAGCAUUGGGGGUGAGGGGUGACCUUAAAAGUAGACAUGCUACAUCUAAUGUCAAGAAGCAGCUUGGUUUCCUUUGCCAGAUAUCCUCGUGACCACAUGGAUUGUAGAUUCAAUGGUCCUACACAGGGUAUCUAAAAUGUCGUGCUGCUGCAUGUGACUAAAGAGUCCUCUGGAAUGGCCACAACUGAGUGAUAAAGCAGCCUCAGGGUCCUGGGAGGGCAAAGCUUGACUGUCACAGCUUCUCAAGUCAGCUAAGUCAGACAGAACUGCAGAGAGAGAAGUCGAAGGGAACUCGGACUCUUCCUCAGCAAGGUUAGAAUCCUUGGAACAGUGGAGGUCUUUGAAUUCUUUACAGUCUUCAAAUCUAACAUUGGUGGACUGUUCUUCUGCAUGCUGUGACCUGAUAUUUGACGUGUCUUCUGAAAACGAAGAUGGAACUUCCAUUCGGUAUUCUUUAACAGAACUAUUUUCAGGGGAAGGAAGAUCUUGCUCAGUUCCUGGGUCGAUAAUUGAGGAGUCUCUUGUCUCAUUGUCUGAAGUGCUAGUUGGGGUCAGGACCUCCCUGGUGUCUGUUUUCACGUCACUGAUGCAGCUGUCUACAGUGUGCUCCUCGUCACUGCUAACGCGCCUUCUUUUAACAGGAGUUGCCCCUUCAUCAUCUGUGAAAAGGAACAUCAAAACAAAUUCUCUGAAAGGAGUCAUUAAGAUCAUACUGGGGGUGGUUGUGGAAAUUCUGGUUUUUAGCAUUUAUAUUCAGGAGGCUUACACAGCUAUUGUAAAGUCAAUAUUCUUCCCUUCUCCCAC